GUGAAGAAACGGCGGCGUUUCCCAUUUCUGCACUUCAAGUAUUUUUCUUCACCUGCUGACAUCAGGAAGUAGAACGUUUCACCACAGGAUAUCAGACUAUAUAACACCUUCUGAGAGUCUCUUCCCCACUAAACACUGAGUGGUUUUUGACUGUUGUUGAACUCAGCUGUAACCCUGCAGAGAAGGUAAGUAGAGAAUUUACUCCAAUCACUUGAAACAUAAACUUCACACACUGCUGCUUUUGUAAGAAAUAAUAACUCUUCACUUGAAGCAGAUGAAACUGUAUUUGCUUUUAUCAGGUGUUCAUUCAUUAACUUUAGCUUCUGUUUAUAUUUUGAACCAUUACUCUUCAAUUUCUCUGAACUGUGGUUGAUUUCCACUGAGCUGCUUCAGAUGUUCACACAGCUAUCAUUUAUUUAGUGGCUAUUUGUUUCAGCGACAUGAACCUCGUCUACCUUGUCAGAGAUAUGUUUAUUAAUGUCAGUGUCGGUUGUCACAGAUGGAUGUUAUAAUGGAUACAAUCAGAUUUUAUUAGCUUAAAUUAAAAUCUGCAAUUUCUCUAUGGCUGUGCGCCUCCCUGCAGCCAACAUGGCAACACACAGGGACUGAAAGGGCUGAUCUCUUUCAUGGAAAUGUGUCAAGGACAGAUUUAUUUUGGGGGCAUUUUUACUUUUAUUUGAUAGAACAGCUGAAGAGGGACAGGAAAUGUGCGGUGGAGAGAUCAGCAAAGGGUCGAGGCGUGGGACCAGUGACUGCUGCGACCUGGUGUCUUUACCGCUAAGCAAUCAGCGCCCCAUAAACAUUGUCUUUUGUGUCGUUGUUGCAGGGUUAUCUGUCUUUUGGUUAGAACAGCUGAAGAGGGACAGGAAAUGUUGGGGGUAGAAAGUGGGGAGGACAUGAGAAAAAGGGUCCUGUGGUCAAAUCAGCAACUUCUGCAACUGUAACCUCCUUUAUAUAAGCGCUUUAACCUCAAGACUUAAACAGCACCUCAAACAUUUCCCACAGACGAAUCACUUAUGCUGAGUUUUUUCAUUUUAAAACACAAAGAUAAAAAGGUAAACACAAAGCAAAUCUUUUAGAAAUAGAGAUAAACAACAAAAACAAACAAGAUUGAUGAUUUUUAUAUCGUAUGUUUAAAUUCUUAAAACCAGUUUGAGACAAUUUUCCACAUAAAAUUGUCACAAUUAAGGUCAUGCAUUGAGUGUCAGAAGACAGCUGGAUAAGAUUUGUCGUCUAAUCGGAUUAUUAUUUUAGCUUUGAAUGUAACUUUUAAUCUGUUAAAUGUCUUUUACGCUGUUUUUACUUUUUAAAUUGUAUUGAAUGUUUUGCCUGCUUGUUUCAUGUAAAGCACCUUGAAUUGCCCUGCUGCUGAAAUGUGCUAUACAAAUAAACUUGACUUGACUUGACUUGACUUGACAAUUAAGGAAACUAUUGAGUGUCAGAAGACAGCUGAAUAAGGUUUGUUGUCAAAAAUCCCUGCUUUAGAUAAGCAAUGACUGCUUUGUCCACAGGGGGCGCCAAAACUAACAUAACCCAAAAGUUUUUCAUGGGAGCUUUAAUCCAUAGACUGUAAUCCAGCCUCCUCGUUGGGUGAAGCCACUCCGAGAACAGCACCCUCUGUUGGCGGGCUGCAGUAUAGGUCUUAAAUCCCACCUCCUCCAGCCAUAUAAAUUUUUCUCCCCCCUGCUUGUGAUGUUGACACUUAGUUACUAUAAGACUGGUUUGUGCUCAAGUUCUCUUUUUGCUGUGAAGCUGUGUUUUUAAAAGUUAUUAGGGGGUUCAUGCUAUGAUUGACACCUGAUGCAGCCUAUGGGCGUACACCCGGGGAUACGCUGUUUGAGCCGAGUGUCAUCACAGCGACUCUCGGCAACUCUCCUGCCGAAUGCGUACAACGCUACUGCGCAAUGCUGGUUUCAGGAAAUGAAGAAAAAUCGUGGAAAUAACGAGAUCAAAACCUCAGGCUGUUUUCACGUAAAUGAAGUAGGACUGGUCUUUACUCAGUGUUGCCACACACUGUGAGAGAAAUGUCCCAAUCUUUCAAUCUUGGGAAACAAAGUUGGGCUCAAAAAGUCAGAUAUGAUGUAAAUAAACCCAUACAUGCCAGUAAGUCUGGAUCUGUUUAUGCCCUUAUCUGUUUUAUGGUUUGAAAACAGAUGUAACCGAGGACGGUGAAGUCGAAGCUGAGUGGCAGAUGAGGAAGACUGAACAGUUCGGGGUAAUAGAAGUCAUAAAACGACGACACAGACUGUCAGAUCUGCUGUUUGGUUCUCAUUCCCAAUUUACAGCUAUUGAUGAUUGACAGCUGGAGUUUGAUUAAAUACUUUCAAUGUGGCAUAAAUUAACAGGUGAUUAUCCUGCAGUGUAAAACCUCCAACACCACAGCUAACCCCCCAAAAUUAAACAUUAUAUUUAAAGCACCAGUAAGGAACUUUUAGCUGGCUUUAAAACUGAUUGGAAAUGUUUUCUCAUCCCACAAAAGAAGUGGUCCAUUUUACAGUUGAGAGGAGGAAGGACAGGAAGUGCUUUUCAGACAAUACUUUCUGCACAAACUCAGGACAAGAGGAACUAUUCAGUCCACAAGAGACGGCACUGUGGACACAAAGUUCCUCAUUGGCACUUUAAUUUAGUAACAUGGACUUCCCUUUUUGAUAGCCAGUAUGUCUCAUUGGACCCAUGUCUGGUCCUGUCCAGGAAAGGCCAAAAAAGUCACCCAGAAAUCAACCUGAAAAAUCCACUAAAGUGAUAAAUCGAUAAGAUGUGUCGAGAUGAGCGUGGACUGAGUGUUGUUCAAGCAAUUAAAGCAGCUUUUUUAAAGUUAAACAAACUUCUUCUUCAGUUUCCUCCAGAAUGUCCGACACACAAGACUUCCUCCAAUCUGGUGAGACCCAGGUCGCUCCUGUCUAUGAUGUAUCCUUUGAACCAACAACCCCUCCGUUGCCGUCGUACAGCGACCAAGAGCAGCAGCCUCCACCCUACACUGCUGCCCCGGAAAUGUACCCUCCACCCAAAGAAGAGGCAACCUGGAACCCUGAGCUGCCUGCUGGGGAUCCAGACGCCAUCGGCAUGAACCCAGAGGCCCCACCAGACACAACUGAACCCGAGACACCAUCACCUUUUGAGGACAAGACCGUGAGAAGGGCCUUUGUGCGAAAGGUUUGUAGUAAACUUUGGUUGUCUGUAAUUAUGUGAUAAACUUCUGCAGCACAAACGUCUGAUUUUCACGCUUUAUGCUCUUAGUGAUGAGGAUAUUUUGUCCCUCCAGGCCUCUUGAAACAUUUUCCAUCAAGUUACAUGAGAGACAGAAAAAACACUUACAUAUGAAACCUUUGAAGUGAUCAUAGAGCAAACAGAUUGAGUGUUACGCAAACUGAAUCACUCCGCGUCUCACCCUGUCCUGAUGUUUUCUAUCCUAUCAUCACAUCAUCUCCCUGUGCAGGUGUUCUGCAUCGUGACGCUCAUGCUGCUGUUCACCUUCAGCGUGGUGUGCUUGUUCACCUUCUCCACCACGGUCAAAAAGACGGUGCAGGACAACUGGUGGAUCUACCUCACCUCCAUCGUCCUCUUCCUCAUCGUAGCCAUCUCCCUGAGCUGCUGCAAGUCACUCCGCCGGCGUUACCCGUGGAACAUUGUGGCACUGGUGCGUAACAGGAGCAUAAACCCUUAAACAUACAAACAAGAAAAAAAACAGAAAUAAUAGAGAAGUGUAAAAGAUGCAUUUGUUCCUUGCGUUUUUAUUUCCCAAAUUUUAAGACGUCAUUUCUAGAAACUGUCGUUUUUAAUGUUUGUCAAUCAAAACCUCAGCUUCCUCUUCAGUUGUUUUCACAUGCCCACAGAUUUACCGUCUGUUUUCUCUGAGGUUUUGUUGGCUGGUUGAUCAAUACAGACUCUUCCUGUAAUCACCAACCAUCCAAAACACCAACACUGAAGAAUUGUGUCAACAGUGAAAUCUGACACAUCGAAUUUUCCCUCCACAGGUUUUGAUCACUGUGAGCAUUUCGGUCAUGGUGGGGACGGUCGCCUCUUUCUACGACACCUCUGCUGUUGUCAUCACCAUGGGAGCAACUCUGGCCAUUUCUGUGGCAAUCAUCGUAUUUUCUAUGCAGGUUAGGAAAACCAGGCGGCGCCCAAAAGCUGCAUUUCGACAUUUUCGCUGUAGAAACUUUUGGUCUGUGUUCAUUUCAUGUAAAGGAGUGGCUUUACUCAUAAUUUUAGACUUUUAGAUGUUCCUAUUUGAGAAAACUACAAAACCCAGUUCCAUUGAAGUUGGGAAAUUGUGAUAAACGUAAAUAAAAACAAAACACAAUGAUUUGCAAAUUCCUUUUCAACCUAUAUUCAAUCAAAUACACGACAAAGAGGAGAUAUCUAAUGUUCAAAUUCAUAAACUUUUUUUUUUUUGCAAAUCAUCAUUAACUCAGAAUUUAAUGGCUGCAACACGUGUCAAAGUAGUUGGGACAGGGGCAUGUUUACCACUGUGUUCCAUCACCUUUCCCUUUAACAAUAAACUCAAUUAACGUUUGGGAACUGAGGAGACUGAUUGUUAAAGCUCUGAAGGUGGAAUUCUUUCCCAUUCUUGCUUGAUGUACAGCUUCAGUUGUUCAACAGUCCGGGGUCUCCGUUGUCGUAUUUUACGCUUCAUAAUGCGCCACACAUUUUCAAUGGGAGACAGGUCUGGACUGCAGGCAGGUCAGUCGAGUACCAGCACUCUUUUACUAGGAAGCCACGCAGUUGUAACACGUGCAGAAUGUGGCUUGGCAUUGUCUCGCUGAAAUAAGCAGCAAGGGUUAAGGCGCUAAUGCACCCCCAUACCAUUACAGACACUCGCUUUUGAACUUUGCAUCUGUAGCAGUCCAGAUUGUUCUUUUCCUCUCUCGCCUGGAGGACACGACUGCAAAUGUGGACUCGUCAGACCACAGAACACUUUUCCACUUUGCAUCAGUCCAUCUUAGAUGAGGCCCAGAGAAGCCGGCGGUGUUUCUGGAUGUUGUUGAUAAAUGGCUUUCGCUUUGCAUAGUAGAGUUUUAACUUGCACUAACAGAUGCAGCGACGAACUGUAUUUACUGACAGUGGUUUUUGGAAGUGUUCCUGAGCCCAUGUGGUGAUGUCCUUUACACAUUGAUGUCGGUUUUUGUUACAGUGCUGCCUGAGGGAUCGAAGGUCACGGGCAUUCAAUGUUGAUUUCUCCAGAUUCUCUCUGGACCCUAGAUGUUGAAAUCCCUAAAUUCCUUGCAAUUGUAUUUUCAGAAACAUUGUUCUUAAAUUGGUUGUUCACAAAGUGGUGAACCUCGCCCCAUCCCUGCUUGUGAAUGACUGAGAAUUUUUGGGAAGCUGCUUUUAUAACCCAAUCAUGACACCCACCUGUUCCCAACUAGCCUGCUCAACUGUGGGAUGUUCCAAAUACGUGUUCGAUGAGCAUCCGUAUUCUUUGCCACCUUUCCCAACUGGAUCCAAGAUUUGAUGGAUUUCUAUGCGAUCAUUUUAGAGGUCAAAUGUCCUCACUGAGGCUGUUGAAGAUUUGACUUUGGUUCAAGGGUUAGCAACAGGGGCAAUGUUUUAACCUCAAUGAAACUCAAAACAGGAUGUUAUGAUCUGCAAAACACCGACUUCCUGGGGAAGAGAGGUAGGAGGUGAAACACAGCGGUAAACAUGACCACGGUCUGACCUUUUGAAACAUGCGGUUGGCAUCAGAUUCUGCAUCAACAAUCAGAUAAACCUCAUUCAGCACAUCAUAUAGGCAAAGUCAUGUCAAAUGGCAACUUUCUGGCUUUAAGAAACACUAAAAGAAAUCAAGAUGAAAAAUUGUGGUAGUCAGAAACAGUUUGUAGUCUGUAUAUCACUUUCUAGUGUAAUUUUCAGGUAAAAUGAACACAAUAUCAAGGAUUGUCCUCGUAUUUGUUUCAUAUAAAAUGAAAACUGUAUCUUACGGUUUAAGUGUUUGUUAAAAGACGUUUUAAUGAGAUUGGUAAAUGUGCUCUUUAAUAUUUGCAGACUCGCAUCGAUUUCACCUUUUGUUACGGGUUUCUUCUGGUUCUGUUGGUGGACUUCUUCAUGUUUGGGAUCUUCUGCUCCUUCUACUACUCACACGUGGCUGAUAUCGGCUACGGAUGUCUGGGGGCUCUGCUGUUUUCACUGGUGAGGGGUUAAACUGCACCGCCAUAACAACUCCACUCCUUAAAUCAUGUCCGAUUACUUCUACAACUACGACUUUCCAACAUACGAUAAGAUGAUUGCGCACUUAAUUUUGUUAAUCAUGGGUGUGUUUGGAUAUUUUUUUCCUCCAAGCUGCUUUAAAACAGAAACAGAGUAGAAAUUAACAUCUAUAAAGCUCUGAACAUGAUUUCGGAAGGUGAGGAAACAGUCUACGGUAAUGUUUCUUUAUGAAGCUAAAAUAGUGGCAUUGGGAGUCCUGAUCCGAUAUUGAAUAUUGGUCUGAUAUCAGCAAAAAACGAAUAUCGGAUUAUAUCGGCCUGCAUCUAAAAUCUCCGAUAUCAACACUCCAAUACAAGCAGUCCAUUCCCAACUCCACUCCAGCACCUCUAGCUAGCAGCUACUGGAUCCAGCAUGCAGAGCCCACAUAAUCACAACAACAGUUUUAUCAAUAUCAGUAUCGGUCAAUACUGAAGGCUAUAAUAUUGGUAUCAUAUGGGAAGUAAAAAUGUUGUAUCGGGACACGCCUCAUUUUUAUUAUUAGUUUUAAAUGGUUUCUUACGUGUUGCUUUCUUUUUAAGAAAACUUGUUCCAUAUUGAGUCUAAACUUGGCAGAGUUAGAACAAGUAGACUAAAUUUGGAGCAGCUGACUGUAAACUUGAACUUACAGCUCCACCUUUUCUCUCUCGGUCCUGUUUCAGUUCCUGAUGAUUGACGUCCAGCUGCUGACGGGGUCGAUGAGUCACCGCGCCGAUCCUGAAGAGUACAUCUACGCCGCUCUCAUCAUCUACCUGGACAUAGUGCUCAUCUUCCUCUACCUGAUGGGGAGGAGGUGAAACUGAACAAACACACACAAACACAAACACACACACACACUCUAAGAUAUACCCACAAAGAAAAUGUCCUUUUAUUGUUAUUUUCCUGUAUGUUCUUUUUAAAUCUCUUCUUUCUGUCUGUUUUAAAUCACCAUAAAUAAACAGAAAAAAAUAUUAAAACAGCUUUACAAUUUUGGGUUUUUUAUUUAAUGUUUAAAAAUAUUUGACACGUCAUUGUUAAAAAAAAAAAACAAGCAAUUCAAUAUUUUUUUUUUCAUAUUAGUAGGCUACAGGCAAUGAUGUUCUGUCAGUUAUGCAGUUUAAAGUCUUAUUUCCAAAAACAGACACAGAAAUCCAACAUAUGUAUGAGGCGUUUUUUUAUAUCACCACCAAAGCAGAGAGAAAAAAAAGGCAUAUUUUCAUAUAUAACAUGCAUUUUAGUGCAAUGCAGCUUACAUCAAUAUCAGGGUGUACAAAAUAUAAAGAAACAGGAUAAAAAUAGUGCAAAAUCUUCUGCGUGUUUUCACUCUGUUCACACGGACCCUUCGUCAACCAUCACAGCUGAACUCAGCUCCUGCAGCAGGACGAUAAACCUCAAAACUAACCGAGCAAUAACAGGAAAACUUUGGACAAUUUCUGCCUCAAAGGGAGCAGAUUUCAAGACAAUAAGAGGACAUUACGAGCAGUUCUGUCUUUAAAAUGAAAAAUUAACACUCCCAUCAGAUAUGAUAAACCCCACUGUGGACACGACUGUGAUGCUCCUAAUAAAUGCACAAAUUGUUUUGUCUGUAAACCCAAAAGAAGGAAGAAUCGGACAAUUUUUUAACCCUAUAGGUAUCAAAUAUCUUGUUCAAUGCUGACCCUCCUGUUUGAGAAGAAGCUGUUUUCACUGGUGAGGGGUUAAACUGCACCGUCAUAACAACUCCACUCCUUAAAUCAUGUCCGAUUACUUCUACAACUACGACUUUCCAACAUACGAUAAGAUGAUUGCGCACUUAAUUUUGUUAAUCAUGGGUGUGUUUGGAUGUUUUUUUUCAUCCAAACUGCUUUAAAACAGAAACAGAGUAGAAAUUAACAUCUAUAAAGCUCUGAACAUGAUUUCGGAAGGUGAGGAAACAGUCUACGAUAAUGUUUCUUUAUGAAGCUAAAAUAGUGGCAUUGGGAGUCCUGAUCCGAUAUUGAAUAUUGGUCUGAUAUCAGCAAAAAACGAAUAUCGGAUUAUAUCGGCCUGCAUCUAAAAUCUCCGAUAUCAACACUCCAAUACAAGCAGUCCAUUCCCAACUCCGCUCCAGCACCUCUAGCUAGCAGCUACUGGAUCCAGCAUGCAGAACCCACAUAAUCACAACAACAGUUUUAUCAAUAUUGGUAUCGGUCAAUACUGGAGGCUACAAUAUUGGUAUCAUAUGGGAAGUAAGAGGGGUGUAUCGGGACACGCCUCAUUUUUAUUAUUAGUUUUAAAUGGUUUCUUAUGUGUUGCUUUCUUUUUAAGAAAACUUGCUCUAUAUCGAGUCUAAACUUGACAGAGUUAGAACAAGUAGACUAAAUCUGCAGCAGCUGACUGUAAACUUGAUCUUACAUCUCCACCUUUUUUCUCUCGGGUCCUGUUUCAGUUCCUGAUGAUCGACGUCCAGCUGCUGACGGGGUCGAUGAGUCACCGCGCCGAUCCUGAAGAGUACAUCUACGCCGCUCUCAUCAUCUACCUGGACAUAGUGCUCAUCUUCCUCUACCUGAUGGGGAGGAGGUGAAACUGAACAAACACACACAAACACAAACACACACACACACUCUAAGAUAUACCCACAAAGAAAAUGUCCUUUUAUUGUUAUUUUCCUGUAUGUUCCUUUUAAAUCUCUUCUUUCUGUCUGUUUUAAAUCAACAUAAAUAAACAGAAAAAAUAUUAAAACAGCUUUACAAUUUUGGAUUUUUUAUUUAAUGUUUAAAAAUAUUUGACACGUCAUUUUUAAAAAACAAACAAACAAGCAGUUUAAAUUUUUUUUUCUCAUAUUAGUAGGCUACAGGCAAUGAUGUUCUGUCAGUUGUGCAGUUUAAAGUCUUAUUUCCAAAAACAGACACACAAAUCCAACAUAUGUAUAAGGCGUUUUUUUAUAUCACGACCAAAGCAGAGAGAAAAAAAAGGCAUAUUUUCAUUUAUAACAUGCAUUUUAGUGCAAUGCAGCUUACAUCGAUAUCAGGGUGUACAAAAUAUAAAGAAACAGGAUAAAAAUAGUGCAAAAUCUUCUGCGUGUUUUCACUCUGUUCACAUGGACCCUUCGUCAACCAUCACAGCUGAACUCAGCUCCUGCAGCAGGACGAUAAACCUCAAAACUAACCGAGCAAUAACAGGAAAACUUUGGACAAUUUCUGCCUCAAAAGGAGCAGAUUUCAAGACAAUAAGAGGACAUUACGAGCAGUUCUGUCUUUAAAAUGAAAAAUUAACACUUCC